AUGUUUGUACGACAUUGGGUAGCAUUGUGGCUUGCGGGUAAGCUUCUCGAAGAGCACGUCACCCGAACCAGCAGAAUGUCGGGCCUCGAGCCACUGGCGGCCCUGGGCCUUGUCUGCAACGUCCUUCAAUUAGUCGAAGUUGGACUCAAAACAGCCACUCUCUGCAAAAAUGCCUAUCGCACUGGCGAGCCUGAUCCAGAACUCAGCGUUCACGCCCAAACCCUCGCAGAGACCGCUUCGAGUUUGACUCAGUCGCUGGAAGAUUCACAGCAGCCUCUCAGCUACGAUGACUCGAGACUCUUGACUCUAGCUCAGAACUGUCGAGAUGCCGAACAAGAGUGGAGGAAGAAAACUCCAGCUCGCUUCCUUUCUCAACAAAGGCCUCGCAAACGAGCUCGCGUCGGAGCAGUUCUUCAAGGCAUCGUCAACAAGCCAGAAAUCGAUCGUCUAGAAAGUCAGUUGCAGAAAGCCAAAGAGUCUAUGGAGACAGACCUUCUUGUUGGGGUCUUUAAACGUCUCGACAUCUCUCAGGUUGAGACAGAUGACCUCCAAGACAAGCUCCAGAACCUACUUCAGGCAACAUCUACCAGUGAAGCAAAACUUCAUAACCUCGUAAAAGCACAAGUAGCCCUGGUCAAUACGCAGUUAUCAGACCGCAUCGAUCAAGCCGAAGCAUCUGCCAAGACUCAUGUGACAGCAGAGCUUGCUAGUCAUGAGUCGAGACUGAAGUUACACGCCGACAAAGGAAAAAACACUAUUCUGACAGAAGCUGAAGCGACUGAAAAUAUUCGGAGAGAGAAUGAGGCUUAUGAACGACUCUUGCGCAGCUUCCAGUACUCCGAUAUGAAUCGUCGACGAAAUGAGAUACAUGCCUCCUAUGGGUCGACCUUUAACUGGCUAUUCGAGGGGGAGUUUGAGGAUGAUUAUCCGGAAUCAGAGGCGUCCCAAUUCUCCUUUCAAUCAGACCCACAAUCAGACUCCGGGUCUGAAAAUGAGGCAGACUCUUAUCCUCAAGAACUGGCUCGCAGCAGCUUUUCGGCAUGGCUCAAAUCACCCGAAGCCCGUUAUUGGAUCAGCGGCCAUCCCGGAACCGGAAAGAGUGUUCUCAUGAAGUUCAUCAUGUCCCACGAACAAACAACGGAUUCAUUGAGGGAAUGGCAGCCUGAAGUCCAGAUUCUAUCUCAUUUCUUUUGGAAGGUGGGCAGUGCAAUGCAAAGUAGUUUCAAGGGCUUCUUGUGUUCUCUCGUCUACCAACUGUUCUCUUCGGAUAAAGAGCAUGCCACGGGCUGUCUCGAACAGAACCCCGAUUGGUCUCGUAAGGCCGGACCUGGCGAUUGGGACAAGGAUGACCUCCAAUCCUUAGUUCACAGUCACGCAAGGCAGUCCGCUCGACCUUUCUGCCUUUUCAUCGACGGACUCGAUGAGAUUAUGGAUGAUGAAGGUGUAGGGACCCUAAUCGACUUUCUCGAUACUCUGGAAGAACCGCCACGUUUAGUCAAGAUCUGCAUGUCAAGCCGUCCAGAAUCAGCCAUACGAAUGCGGUUGGGCCGGAAUGCCGACAUAAAAAUGCAAGAUUUAACACAAAAUGACAUCGAGCACUACAAGGCGGAAGGGGUAUUUCUCUGGGCUGUUCUGGUGACAAAAUCAAUUGCACGUGGUAUCUCGAACGGCGACUCAGAAGAAUUUAUCCAAAGAAGGCUUCGGAAAACUCCCAAGAAGCUUCACGAGCUAUACCUUGAUAUGUGGAUGAGGCUAGGCGAGGACUCAGAUCUUUAUCAGCGUUCGACUGCACUCAUCUUCAAGAUUGUCCUCUUCAACUGGCGAUCAGCCCAGAAAGACAAAGCAUUUCAUUUCCCACUAUCCAUUUAUCCAGGUGCAAUAUCUAUUCUGGAAUUGAUAUUGGCCUCAAGUGACGAUCUGUGGUCCACGCCUGUUCGAGAAUUUGAUAAGCUCUCUGCCACAGACCUUGAGCAACGGUGCAAGGAACUAUUGACCGGGUUGCCAUCCAGAACGGCCGAUCUCUUUAAAUUCGUUCAAUCUAACGGCCUCGAAAUAUCAGAUGAGAAACAAUGGGUUGACAAGUCACACUCCUAUAUGAUUAGUUAUGACAAUCUACGGGUAGAGGCAGUUCAUCGAACAGUCUUCGACUUCCUGAUCGAAACAGACGAUGGAAAGAAUAUUAUGGAGCACCAUAAGGCGUCUCAAGAAGAACUUUUCAUCAGACUGUUUAGAUCGCAUCUUCUUCGAAAUUGUCUGUGCCCCCGAGAUCGAUACACAAACGCUCAGAACGAGGAGGAUCGCAAUUGGUUGUCAGAAUGGCAACACCUAGAUAAUCAGCUCCAGUUACUCUCAUAUCACACCGACAUUAUCAACGGUUCGACUUUAGUCGAAAUGCUAGAUCUUUUAUGGGCCUCUUUUAUCCAAAUGACUAAAAGUCUCCCAACACACCCAGACCCACGUUCAGAUAUUGUCAAGCGGGCAUGUAAGUUGCACUACUUACUGCGCAUUGUUCCUAGGGGAUUCGACGAUUAUAUGAGAGUUUAUCUCAUCGAAUGGGAGAGUACUCGACAAUUCGAUGCGCUUUACAAGAUUCCAUAUUUCGACUCCGAGUGGUCAGCAACUAAGCAGCGAUACUUUGGUUAA